AUGGCACUGGGCUGGCUGGCCAUAGCAUGGAGCUUGAGGCAGCACUCCUUGGCAGCAGUGGCAGUGCCAGCAGCACUGGGGCUGAUGUGGAGGCCUAGGGGCAGUGACGACAAGCUGAGACCGCUGAAGGCCCUGGGCUACUGUUUCAGCCCCAGUGCUGCUGGUGCCACCGCCAAGGAGUGCCACUGUGACUAUAUGCAAAAUGUUCAUGGAAAAGAAAUUGAUCUUCUGAGAACCACAGUUAAGGUUCCAGGGAAGAGGCCACCUCGUGCCACAUCAGUCUGUGCACCUAUCUCGAGUCAAAGAACAAAUGGCUCAUCCAAAGACAUGAGUGGUUUACAUAUUUCAUCAAAUUCAGGAAAUGUGACUACUAGUACAUCUGUGUCUCAGAUGACAAGUGGCAUCAGUCUUGUUUCCUUUAACAGUCGACCUGAUGGGAUGCAUCAACGUUCCUAUUCAGUUUCUAGUGCUGAUCAGUGGAGUGAGGUGACAGUUGUUGCAAACUCUGGCAUCAGUAGUG